CUGCGGUUGAUGUGGCAGCCCAAGAGUUGAGGAUUACCGGUGAACAUAUAAAUCCUGUCAAACUUUGUGAGACCUUCCAUCCAAAGAAAAGGAAGAAUGGAGAGCUAAUUGAUUAUUCUUCACAACCGAAAGUUAUGGAGGUUAUUAACAAGCUGUCUACUACAUUCCAUGAAGCUGAAAGUGAACAUCAAUCACAAGAAGCUGAAAUUUCUGCGGCAGCAAAAUCAGUAAUUUCUGAGUUGCAUUUCAAGUAUUUUGAUGUCGUUGGGUACAACAAGAAAAGAAUUUUGGGAACGGGAAGGUAUUCCAAAGCGUUUCUUCUCCAAUUAGAGUCAAAUCAUAAAGGAUCUUCAUCAAAACGCUUGCAUGAUUUUUGUGUUGCUUGGGAUGAGCAUAUGAGAAAAUGGUUGUCUUCGCAUGGUCAUGAGGCUCCACCGGUUAUGCCUCUUGUGGAUGAAAGUUUGACAAAUAAGAAUCCCGAGUUACAACCUAAAAGUUUUGAAGAAACAUGGCUUCCGUUCUUCAAGUCAUAUGGAAUUGAUGCCCCAAACUUCUUUCCACAACAAGAUUUAUCCUCUCAAGACUCUCAACAGUCACAUGGAGAUUCUUUAUCCAACUAGAUGCAUAACUUUAAUUUUGAAAUGGCUUAAUCAUUUUAAACCACAUUAAUGUGGUGAUAUGUAUGCCUUUUUUGGAUUUAGUAUUGAACACUAGAUACUAACACUGACUUGGAUGUUUUUUUUGGAUUUAGCAUAGUUGGGGCUUUAGUAGUGACCUGGAAUCUAAUUAAUGUAAAAUCUAAGCUAGUAUAAUAUACAGAGUAUUAUUUUUUGGCAAUAUUUGAUUUUAAUUAUAUUUAAUGGUUCAAAUUUAUCUUUUCAUGCUUUGAUUUGAUAAAUUAAUAUAAACAGGUUUGGUAGGCAUACAUAAAUAAUAAUUGAAUUGAGAGCAAUUCAUAAAUGAAGAAUAUUUUUUUUGUAAAUAAAAAUUAAUUACCGGCGAAUAAUAGUGACAGAUAUUCCGCCACUAAAACUGUUGGCGGAACCAUCCGUCACAAAAGUCCGCUUCUAAUCACUGACAGAUUUGAAAAUCCGCCACGAAACAAUAUUACUUCCAGAAUUUACUGGCGGACGAUCCGUCAGUGAUUUCCGUCACCAAGAAUUUCUGUAGCGGAGUUAGCGACGGAUAUUCCGCCACUAAAUUGCGAGAUUUCUUGUAGUGAUUUAUGUAUUUUACAUUCUAUUUUCCUAAUAUAAAUAUAUUUGUGAGACUCCUAGGAGGGUAAUAUGUUUAAUUAUUUCACAAACAUGCAAAAUUGCACACCUAAACCAUAUCUGGUGCCAUUAGACUGAACAAUUAAAUAGAACACAUACUCUAAUAGAUUAAGAAGUGUUACACACAUAUUAUCACUCAAAAAAGACAUUGAAAAUUUCCUUUGGCAGCUGGGCGCAAAAUGUUAAGAAAUUCCUCUUAAUCAUCUUAAUUGAG